AAGAAAUUCCGUGUAAUAUAAAAAAAAUAAUGGAAGUUGUUCCUCAAGAAAUUCAGAUGGUUAUACCCCAGAUAACUGGGAUACCAGUUGUGUUCAUCUCAGCAAUAGACGGAAAAGGGCGUGCUGCUGUUAUGUCCCAAGUCAUCGAUACGUACGAGAAGUGGUGUUUAAGGUUGUCCACUGCACGUCUUAACCGUUGGUUGCGCAAGUUUACGGGCCGGCAUUCUUGGAAAGACCACGGUGCUCAAACCAAGAUCAAGUACUUCACUCAAGUGAAAGCCAGGCCUCCAACUUUCGUCGCCUUCGUGAAUUGGAACACCAAACUUUCCGAUACAUAUGUAAGGUUUCUAACCAAAUCUUUGAAGGAGGAUUUUGACAUGGGCGGAAUUCCAAUCCGAUUCAUGCAGCGUUCUGUUCCGAGAAUGUCCGGAGGGAAUAGCAGUAAGAGCAGCCAAUCUGCCGGUAAAACGGUUGAACGCACACCAUCGGACAAAAGAAGUGUCCUUGUUUAGGCAUGGCGCUGGCAGUUAAUUUCUUUAUAGGAGGAAACAGGUAGGCUGAAAUUGGAAAAGGAUAGAUUUGUCCUUUUAAAUUAGAAGGAAAGUUUUAUUUGUU